AUGGGUUGCUUUCCUUCCUCUCCAAGAAACGCGCAGGGUGUCAAUCGACUCCAUCCAGAUCAAAUCACUCUGACGGUUUUCAAGAUGAUCUUCGACGACAACUGCCUUACUAGGGCCGAGAAAGACUUGGUCAAAGAUUUUCCUCUUCCGCCAGAGUACAUUGUUCGAGACCAGCCUUAUAUGCGAUAUCAAUCCGAUAGGGUCCUUAAUGAGAGGCCCGUUGUCGAGCAACCGCAUGGCGCGGGUGAAGAGCCUCCCAAUGAAAUUGAGUGUAAGACCGCUAUCAUCUCCAUUCCCCUCUCUCACAACAUACCAUUUCCUCGCGUUUGAGAACGAGAGAUUGACUUAUCCCAGUACACCCCUUGCCACAUAAGUUUGCUAUCCCAGCUCCAAUUCACUUAAUCGGCUCAUCAUCACUUCUCACGGCAGCUGCGACCUUCCACCAAGCAUCAUCCGCCUUCCCCGGCGCGCUCAAACGUAUCCCUGACGGUGAGCCUAGACCUCGAGACUGCUUCAUCGCUUUUCAAAUUGCGACCUUCAGCCGGUGUCCCUGGGUUCUGCAGCCAUUUGCACUCUACAAAGAGACUGGCGUCCAUGAAAAGAAUGGUUUUGAGGAAGAGGUCCAGGCUCUGCGCGCUGAACAUGGAGAGAAGGAAAUUCGAUUGAACGGCUCUGGUUAUGAUAUCGCUGCCAUUGCUUCUUAUGCUGAAUUUUGCCGUGCUCGGGGACAAGGUGUCAUUGGAGCAGGUGUUAAGUUUCAGGUCAGCUUGCCGAAUCCACAUGAUGUUGUAGCUUUUUGCAUCCGCCCGGAACAUCAAGCUACUGUUGAGAAGGCGUAUGAAAAGGAGAUGAUGUAAGUAAUUACCUUUCUCCUACUGACUUUUUCUUUUGAAGUGUGCAGCCAUUCAUGUAGAUAGAAAGAUUGAAACUGACUUCAGCGGAUUGAUAGUGCCGUUUUGAAACGUAUCCAAAAAUAUAUCCCUGCAUACGAUUUGGCCAUUCAAUUCGACUGUCCAUUUGCGGUCGCAAUGCUUGAAGAGGUUUUUCCUGCUUGGUGGGUUCCAAAUGACGGCUCUAUCUCAGAUGACAACAAGACAGAGGUAUUGCUAGCAGGUUUUGAAGAAAGGUUCCAUACAAUGGCUUCAUACGUCCAUGAAGAUGUUGACCUCGGAUACCAUAUUUGCUAUGGAGAUUAUGGACACAAGCAUUUCAUCGAACCCAGAAACACAACCAUCAGCGUCAAACUCGCCAACCUCAUACACGACUCUGUUUAUCGUCGAAUUGACUGGAUGCACAUCCCAGUUCCGAUCGAUAGAAAGGACGAGGCGUACUAUGAGCCAUUAAAUGCCCUCACUCCACGAAAGUAUGGACAAACUGAGUUAUAUUUAGGUCUUGUACAUGCUUACGAUAUUGGAGGCACAUUACAACGAAUGGCCGUUGCAGAUCGUGUUCUAGGUGGUAGAUGUUACGGAGUUGCUACUGAGUGUGGUUGGGGUAGAAUGCAGCAAGACGAAGUUUACAGCACGUUAGAUGUUAUGAAAGAGGCUGCUGGUGUUUUAUUUAAUACCAAUACAGAUGAAGGCGAAGUUGCCUGA